AGCUACACCAGUUUUUGCAUACAUAUAUAAACCCACACAUCGACAAUGGCUAAGAAAGGAGGAGAAAACAGUAAGAAGGCAGCUGGACAAGCCAGAAAAGCCGAACAAGCUAACAAGAAAAAACAAGAAGUGUUUGCUGCCGCUGAAGCAGAGGAAGCAGCAUUAUGGGAUCAAGGUGCCAAGGGAGGCAACAAGAAGCAGCAAGAAGCCCAAUUCAAAAAGGAAGAAGCUGCCCGUAAAAAAGCCGAACGUGAUGCAUUAUUACAAGCCGAAGAAGCAAGCAUGCCUUCUAAGCCUAAGGGUAAGGAUAGAGGUGCUGCCAAGACCGCAUCCAAGAGAACUGGUAAGAUUGAUGAUUUCCUUGAUUUUAACAAGGAUAUUCCUGAAUUGAGUGCUAGUGGUAUUGAAAGUGCCCUUGAAGCUUUGGCAUUGACUGGUAGAGAGGGUGGUGUUGCGAAUAAGGAUAUUGACCGUCAUCCAGAAAGACGUGUCAAGGCUGCAUUUGCUGCGUAUGAAGACAAGAGACUUCCAGAGUUGAGAAAAGAAAAUCCUGGAUUAAGAUUACAACAAAUUAAACAUUUACUAUUCAAGGAAUUCCAAAAGUCACCAGAGAAUCCAAUGAACCAAGACACCAAUGUUAGUUAUAAUGCAUCAAGAGACGAUGUGGAUGCAAAGAAGAAGGAAGUUAGAUCUUUGAGGGAACUGAAAUUCACUUAGUUAGGUUAUGUAAUAUUAUAAUUGUACUUUGCUAAUUAGCUUAAGUUGAAAAGGAGAAAAAAGAAAAAAUGAAAUUGAACCUUGGACAAAAAAAAAAAAUUUGAUUUGAUAGUAUCAAACAGAAUGUGUUACCCGGCCAUACGUGACAGCAUCGAAUGAUAUUGCAGCUAUUUAGGUUGACACAAACAGGAGUACACUGAUUAGAUGUCGAUCAAUUAUCAAUACAUCAAAGAGUUCCUGUAUUUGCAAUCUACAAGAGUUAAAUUGGUGAAUCUGAGAUACACGCUGAUAUCUAGUUGGUAAUUACAAUUGUAAAGUAGGACGUGUCGGUGAGCUGACGAUGAGAUGGGGCUUUGUCG